GACUGCAGGUGCCGAGGAGGAGGAAGCCUGGGCGGGCGGCGCUGGCGAGCCAACCGUGGCCCGGCGCGGCGCCGUGAGUCACUAGCGGUCGCGCAGGGCGGCCGGGCAGCUGGUAUAAAAGCGCCGCGAGGACACCCUCCCCCUGUGCUUGCUUCUGUCUCCUUUCUUUCCACUUCGGCUCUUCGACCGCGGCGCCUGCUCGCCCUCGCUGCCCGCUUUCCUCUCCGGCGCUGCCAUGAGGUCGGACAGGCAGCGCAGGGACCCAAGCGCCGCCGCGGCCGCCGGCGGCCCCGGGCUCGGUGCGGAGCGGCAGGCGGUCCCGUGCUGCCGGGCGCUGUGUCUGCUGCUGGCCCUCAGCUGUUUGUGCGUCGCAGCCGCUGGUGGAAGAGCAAAAUGUGAAGAAUCCCAGUUUCCAUGUAGUAAUGGACGCUGUAUUCCUUUACUCUGGAAAUGUGAUGGUGAUGAAGACUGUUCAGAUGGCAGUGAUGAGAGUGCUUGUGUGAAGAAGACGUGUGCUGAAUCUGAUUUUGUGUGCCUCAAUGGUCAGUGUGUGCCUAACAGAUGGCAGUGUGAUGGGGAUCCAGACUGCGAAGACGGGUCUGAUGAGAAUGCUGAACUCUGCCAUAUGAGAACAUGCCGGGUAAAUGAAAUCAACUGUGGUCCUCAGUCAACCCAGUGUAUCCCAGUGUCCUGGAAGUGUGAUGGUGAAAAAGACUGUGACAGUGGAGAAGAUGAGGAGAAUUGCGGCAAUGUGACUUGUAGUCCAGCAGAGUUCACAUGCAGUAGUGGGCAAUGUAUUUCCAAGAGCUUUGUCUGCAAUGGUCAAGAUGACUGCAGUGAUGGCAGUGAUGAGAUUGAGUGUGCACCUCCUACCUGUGGAGUUCAUGAGUUCCAGUGUAAGAGCUCCAGCUGCAUCCCCAUCAGCUGGGUGUGUGAUGAUGAUGCUGACUGCUCUGACCAGUCAGAUGAAUCCUUAGAGCAAUGUGGUCGUCAGCCUGCACCUCCUGCAAAAUGCUCUGCCAGCGAGGUGCAAUGUGGCUCAGGUGAAUGUAUCCACAAAAAGUGGCGCUGUGAUGGAGACCCUGACUGCAAGGAUGGAAGUGAUGAAAUUAACUGCCCUUCUCGGACCUGCAGACCAGACCAGUUCAGAUGUGAAGAUGGGAACUGCAUCCACGGGAGUAGACAGUGCAAUGGUGUGAGAGACUGUUUGGAUGGCACUGAUGAAGCAAGUUGUAAUAAUGUUAUUCAGUGCUCUGGACCUGGUAAAUUCAAGUGCAGAAGUGGAGAAUGCAUAGAUAUCAAUAAAGUGUGCAACCAGCAGCGAGACUGCAAAGACUGGAGUGAUGAGCCCCUCAAGGAGUGUAAUAUAAACGAAUGUCUGGUGAACAACGGUGGAUGCUCUCAUAUCUGCAGAGAUCUCGUUGUUGGCUAUGAAUGUGACUGUCCAGCUGGGUUUGAGCUUAUAGACAGGAGAACUUGUGGAGACAUUGAUGAAUGCCAGAACCCUGGAAUCUGUAGUCAAAUCUGCAUCAACCUGAAAGGAGGCUACAAGUGUGAAUGUAGCCGUGGCUAUCAGAUGGAUCUUGCUACUGGAGUGUGCAAGGCAGUGGGGAAAGAACCAUGUCUUGUUUUCACCAACCGACGGGAUAUCCGGAAGAUUGGCCUUGAGAGGAAAGAAUACAUUCAACUAGUAGAGCAGCUAAGAAACACUGUAGCUCUAGAUGCUGAUAUUGCUGAGCAAAAACUCUAUUGGGCUGACUUCAGCCAAAAAGCAAUCUUCAGUGCCUCUAUUGAUACCCGUGAUAAAGUUGGAACACACAUCAGAAUCCUGGACAACAUACACAGCCCUGCAGGAAUUGCUGUUGACUGGGUUUAUAAGAAUAUCUACUGGUCUGACUCAACUGCCAAGACCAUUUCAGUGGCUAGCCUGGAUGGCAGAAAAAGAAGAGUGUUGUUUCUCUCUGAACUGAGAGAGCCAGCAUCUAUUGCUGUAGAUCCUCUCUCUGGCUUUAUGUACUGGUCAGACUGGGGUGAGCCAGCAAAAAUUGAAAAAGCAGGAAUGAAUGGAUUUGACAGACAGCAGCUUGUGACAACAGAAAUCCAGUGGCCUAAUGGAAUUGCUCUAGAUCUUGUAAAAAGCCGACUGUACUGGCUUGAUUCUAAACUACAUAUGCUGUCAAGUGUGGACUUGAAUGGCCAGGACCGUAGAAUUGUGCUGAAGUCUCAUAUGUUCCUUCCUCAUCCUCUUGCACUAACAAUAUUUGAGGACCGUGUGUACUGGAUUGAUGGAGAGAAUGAGGCAGUAUAUGGUGCAAACAAAUUUACAGGAUCUGAAGUGGUAACUCUAGUGAACAACCUCAAUGAUGCACAGGACAUCAUUGUGUAUCAUGAACUUGUUCAGCCUUCAGGCAGAAACUGGUGUGAAGAGAACAAGGCAAAUGGAGGAUGCAGCUACCUCUGCCUACCUGCUCCUCAGAUAAAUGAACACUCCCCAAAAUACACCUGUGCAUGUCCCACUGGCUUCUUCUUGCAGGAUGAUGGUUUGAGAUGUGCAGCUUCCAAUACCAGUGGUACAACAUCUGAAGUAUCUGCAGCUGGAGGAAAGUCAGCAGCUUGGACAGUUCUUCCUGUCUUACUGCUGAUGAUGGCAGCAUUGGCUGGCUACUUCAUGUGGCGUAACUGGCAGCACAAGAACAUGAAAAGCAUGAAUUUUGAUAAUCCUGUCUACCUGAAAACUACAGAAGAGGAUAUCACAAUUGAUAUUGGAAGACACGGUGCUUCAGUAGGACACACCUACCCUGCAAUCUCUGUUGUAAGCACAGAUGAUGAUAUGGCGUGAACACUGGAUCAGCAAUCACUUGCAGUUUACUUGUGUUUUACACUCUUUGGGGAUAGUAACCAGGUUUGUGGCUGAAAGACUUCCUCCAUUCUUGGAAGAAAGAAGAUACUUUCUGUAUGUAUGGAACAGUUAUGUAAAUACCUAUUUUAUACACCUUAACAAACUGUAAAUAACCUGUCCACAACAAUUCAGCUUUUAGUGGUUACAAUUUUAUCAGUAACCCUUGAAUUGGUCAGUCAGUAACACCACUGACCAAAUAUAAAGCACUUUCCAUAGAAAGCCAUAUUCCAGCCACAACUUGUAACACCUGUACAUAUGUGUAUAGGCCACUUGUAAAUACUGUUCUUGGAAACUCACUAUCAAGCACUUUGAAAUACUUCAAAUGUAAUUUAUUGUACACUAUCUUUUUCAAUGAUGGGGACAAUGGCAAUAGGAAAAAACGGGUUACUACAAUUGCCAAAAAAUUUCUAAACAGAAGUAAUUUUGUAUGUAUGAUUCAAACAAUUUUGUCUCUUACCUUUUAGAGAUGCACAACUAUGAAUGCUCUUUAGGAAGCCACUGUAAUCUUAAAUGCAGAGAAGGGAAAAAGGACAAUAAAAAAGAGCAACUUUAA